ACAAAACCUAAAAGUAUAUUGAACAAGCCCCCACUUGAUACUCUGGGUUCUUUUUUAUGUCAAAUGUAACAUCAUCAGUGUAUAAUUUAAACAAGGCCCUCUGGCAGCAUCCGUCUAUGAGUAACAAGUAAUACCAACAAUAAUUUCACUUUAUUUGUUAUUAACAUUUGAAGUCAGCAGUUAUGCAAAGGAGUUCUCAUCAUGUUUUUAUAAUAUUAUCUUUGCAUAAAAAGACGACCCCUUGUUCGGCUCCUUGGUUUGCAACGUACACUUUCCCCGACAACAUCAGUUCCAUGUCAGUUUGAUCCUUGAAGUAGAAAUAUUCUAGAGUGUGAAAUCUUUGAAAGCAGAGUAUAAGACUCGCACUAACGUUACGGACCGUGCAAGCAUAAGCUCUUUGCAGUCAUCUGCUUGGUGGUAAAAUGGGGAAAGGCGCAGUUGAAGGUUCACCUUUUUUCUCUAGCUGGUGGUGCUCGAUCUCCUGUUUUGUCUGUUCGUUUACUUUUUUCUGUUUCAUCUUCUCCCAAUUAAUUACUCGUUAAGUGUGCGCGUGAACGCAAGCAUAAGACGAGUCUUUGUUGUCACUGGAAGGCUGUGGUAAGGGUGACUUGGCUCGAGCAGAAAUUAGGGACUUUAAGAUCCAACAACGCGGACGUCGUCAAAUAUACCGAAGCCGCGUGGGGCCUGUGUCGAGGACGCCGUGUUCGUGACGGGAAAUUUUAAGUUAAGAUGGCGGGAUGAUGACGACGCGGCUACCCGCGGAUAAAAUAAAAAGAGUAGUGAAAUUACUUUAUUUCUGAACAACAGAAACCGAUUAUAGUAUUGUUUUCAGUGCAAAUGGCGACUUUUAAAGAAACUCGCGAAAUUUUGCUGGGUUUUUCGAAGAAAACAGUUCAAUCAACUUGGAUUUUCCGUACUAUAACUACCCGCCGUUUAACUUAGAGAGCCAAAGUGAAGCCGAGUGUAGGGCAAACUUCAGGGUGGAAAAGCACCACAUUCCUCUGGUAGAAAUGCUCUUCAGAUUCCGCAAUACUUCGUAUGCGACCAGGGAACUGUUUGCGAAGGAACAGAAGGGCUUUGCAUGCUUCUGAAGCGAUAUUCCUUUCCUUGUCGAUACUCAGACAUGAUACCUAUUUUCGGAAGGCCAGUACCAGAACUUUGCAUGAUAUGCAACACCGUAACAGACUGGAUUUAUGCACAUCAUAGCCACAGAAUCACACAAUGGAACCGAACCAUUUUAAAUCCACCAGAGCUGGAAAAGUACGCGGAAGCUGUUUUUAACCAAGGGGCGCCACUAAGCAAUUGCUUUGGUUUCGUAGACGGAACUGUGCGGCCAAUUACUCGACCCGGGGAAAACCAGCGAUUGUUAUACAACGGCCACAAACGCGUACAUGGAUUGAAAUUUCAGUCCGUGGUCCUACCAAAUGGGUUGAUUUCACACUUGUAUGGUCCAGUAGAAGGAAGGAAGCAUGACGCAGCAAUGUUGGCAGAGUCAGGCCUUUACAACAGUCUUCGGACACAUGCUGUCUCAACAACCGGCCAACCGAUGUGUAUCCAUGGGGAUCCAGCUUACCCACUUCGGAUACAUCUUCAGGCACCUUUCCGGCAGCGAGUACUGACUCUCCAACAGCAAGCUUACAAUGGUUCCAUGAGUGCAGUCCGCUCCUCCGUUGAAUGGCUUUUUUCUGAUAUUGUAAAUUAUUUUAAAUUUCUUGAUUUCAAAAAGAAUCUCAAGAUUGGGCUUAGCCAAGUAGGCAAAAUGUACAUCGUCUGUGCAGUCCUUCAAAAUGUUUUGACAUGUUUGUACGGUAAUUCAACAUCCCAGUUUUUUGACGUAGACCCACCUUCCCUAGAGGAUUACUUUUCCUAAUCAUGCAGUCUGUUGUGGCCACCCGACAUAAGACUCAAAAAACUGUUUUAGAUUAUAUGGGAAGAUACCAGGAAGAGCGUAUUAAUGUCAAAUAAAAUUAAACACAACAAAUAA